AUUUUAUCAUUGAUAAAUAGGUUCUCAAUAAAAUGAUUGAGUAUUUAGUAAAUUGAUAUCGACAGUUACGUAUUGUAUUCCGGGAUACGAUAUUGUGAAAUUAAUAAAAAGAAAAUCAACUUAAGUACUUUUUAAAAUGUCUUUACGUCCUUUAAGCCCUGAAUUAGCGGAAAAGGCUCGAGUGGAAUUGAAUGAGGACCCCAAGCGAAUACCCGACGACUUGAAUCAUUUGAAGGAUUGGAUUGAUAAGCAGCCACAUUUGAAUGCCAGGAAAGAUGACCAGUGGUUACUAGCUUUCCUCAGAGGAUGCAAGUUCAGUUUGGAACGAUCCAAGGAGAAACUGGACCUGUACUAUACCACGCGUAGGACCGCCCCGGAUCUGUUCAAGAUACACCAUAAAGAUCCCCGGUUUAAUGAAAUAUUAGAUUUGGGAAGUUACAUUGUGUUGCCGAAUUCAGGACCUACCGAGCCGAUGACUGUUAUCAUAAGGCCUGGAAAAUAUGAUCCAGAAAAAUAUAACAUACUAGAUAUUGUUUCCGUUUCCAAUGUUAUGGCAAAAAUAAUUUUGCAAGAGUAUGAUAAUGCUGUCGUGGCUGGAGUGAGAACUAUCCUGGAUCUAGAGGACGUUACCAUGGGACACUUCUUCCAAAUGACCCCAUUGACAAUGAAAAAGAUGGUCGUAUCUGGACAGGACGCUUUGCCGAUUCGUAUGAAGGGAACGCAUUAUUUGAACACGCCUACGGGAUUCGAGACAGUCUUCAAUGCCACUAAAACUUUAUUAAAUGAAAAAAAUAGAAAUAGACUGUACGUCCACAAUAGAAACUACGAAGAACUCUACAAACACAUUCCCAAAGAAAUACUACCCGAAGAAUACGGUGGCAAUGCGGGAUCCAUUAAUUCUAUUAUUGGACACUGGAAGAAAAGGGUAGAAGAGUACAGUGAUUGGUUAGAAGAGGACUUGAACUAUAUAUCUGACGAGACGAAGAGGCCUGGUAAACCCAAGACCGCUGAAGAUAUGUUCGGAGCUGAAGGGUCGUUCAGACAAUUGGAAUUUGAUUGAAUACAAUUAAAUAUUAACAACUAGGAAGUUUUAUUUCAUAUACUCCAAAAAAAGACUAAAUACUC